CUGCUAUUCAUAUAUGAAACAAAUGGUAAUAUGCAUUAUUAUCUUUUGAACUUCUUAUUCUUUGAAUUAUCAUCUGAAUAUACUUGUACUUGGUUAUUUUAAGAUUGGUAAAUAUUCAAAGAUUUCAUAGAAAUACAUCAACCACCUCCACAAGCCUCGAAUUCGUGUUCGGGUUUAUCAAUACAACAAAUUAUUGGCCAGUACUGGCUGGUGUUUACCAAUACCUACCAGCACUUCCCUGCAUUUACCUUGUCGAAGACCUACAGAGUACAUUCUACAUUUCAAGCCUUGACACCGCCUAUCAUCAAUCAUGUCCUCUGCCAAACGAGCUUCCAUGCUCCCUCCACCUCCUAAACCACCGAUUUCAUUCUCAAACAAUAUCACCAUCGCAGACCAUGCCUCUCUCAUUGGCACAAAUCUCAUAACCAUUCGAGGACAUACCAUUCUUCAUCCACGUACAAAAUUGAAUAGCAGUUUUGCUCCCAUUACAAUCGGUACACAAUGUGUCAUUGGUGAACGUAGUACAAUUGGCAUGUUGAAUUUUCCAUCCGAAGAACAAGCUCAAGGUGUUACAUUGGAGAAUGGUGUUAUAGUAGAAACUGGAGCUAUUGUUGAGGCAAAAUUCGUGGGACAAGGAACUCUCAUUGAGAUAAAUGCAAAGGUGGGAAGAGGGGCUGUCAUAGGAAAGCAUUGCAAGAUUGGACCAAUGUGCGAGGUUGAAGAAGAUGAGGUUAUUCCAGAUUAUACAGUGAUAUAUGGAAAUGGAUUACGUAGAAUAGAUAAGAGUGGUGUGGAAGGUCUCAAGAUGAAGAUGAUCGGUCGACAUGUAGAUGUGCUUAGAAGGCUUGUUCCUAGCAAUUUAUCUAAAUAUCAAUAAUACCCUUUUGAUUU